UAAUUUGCAGAGAAUGGGCAAAAUCCAGAUUUUUGUUAAGACCAAUAAAGGGAAGAACUUUAACAUCCAGCUUGAAGGAACAGAGACUAUAGGGCAGAUCAAGAGUUUGAUAGAGAAGAAAGAGGGCACAACUGUUGAGAACCAGAUGCUUAUUUUUAGAGGAAAGAGCUUGGUAGAUGACUCUCUGACUGUGAAGGAUGUAGGUAUCCAGAAGAACAAUCAAUUGAAACUAGUUACUAAACUUCUUGGCGGCUUCUAAUCAAAUUGUAAUACAUUUCUAAUCAGAUUGGCCU